AUGCCAUUCUUCAAGCAACUGUCAGACUUCCUCUCCGGCCGGACCUCCAGUCGACCCCUCUCCUCCCCGCAAACCUCCCCCGAUCCUGCUCCCCCAUCAGAUGCGACCUCCGACCACAUACAGCGGACUGAGACGUCCGGCGCAUGGAAUCCCGGUUCGCCUGUAGAAUACGGGUCUCUAUAUCCCUCACUUGACAGCCUUCACCCGGUUACUACUGCUUUUAGCAAUGCCGAAGGACUUCGACAUCCUUACGAACACCGACCUGUACGUCCACAAUACCGCCAGACCGUUCCUCGAUCAGAAUCAGGAAUGCGUCGCCUGUCUGGCGAUGCAACACAUGCCAAGUCGCGCCAGCGUUCCGAAGCAUACGAUGAACUCAGGUUGUUUCCUCCCAAUAAAUGGAAUGACCCCAGUGGGAUUCCUAUAGUGCCAGGACAGACGAAAAGCAAUAAACCUAAGUCACCUUUCAGACCCGUGGAUACGAUAUCGAAAGGUCGAGACAGUGGACCGGUUCAUGCACAAGGAAAACCGAGUCGCCUACGUAACAGCCAGCCAGGAAAUAUCACAGGAUACGCAGGCUCCGAAAGACCCAAUAAACGGCGCCGCCAGGAUACCCUCGAUUCCAGCCAUGGAAAAUUCACAAAACCAUCGGACAACGAUGUUGAGCACCCCGCUCAGGAUGCGCCCCGCAUCGCCGGUCACCCACCACGUAUGUCUCCUACUUUGAGCCAGAGUUCAGGGAAGCAAAAGAAACAGCGGAAUAACAGACGCUCAAAAGUGGACGAGUACCGAAGCACUGAAAAUAUCGUGAGACCAUCCCGGAUACAACCAAGCCCAAAGCGUGGCCCCUUACCCAGUUUCGGCGCACCGUCGGAUGAUGACCGCGACGAACGUUUUACAAAAAAUGCAACCAAAGAAAGACGGAGAAAUAAUUCUUUCAUUUCCGACAUAGACUCCGGCGCCAAGCAGGAACGACCUUCCAAACAUGAGAUCCUAGAAAGCGUCGAAAUCAUAAAUGCGAAAUCUCAGGACACUGCAAAGAAUACAAAGAUGGGUUUGUUCCUUCAUGAUCCGGAAAUCGCGGCAAAAUCCAGAAGACGGGUGUCUGAAUCGCGGGAGAGUCCCGAUGAACUUCAAGGGGCGGUAACGGUGCGGCCACCGCCCGCUCAAAUCGGAGGCAAGAGAGCUGAGCUUGGAAGUCAAAGCAUGACAGACCAUGAGCAUCUGUCUCGAGACAUUAAACCAACCAUUUUCGAAGCCUCCGGGGGUAGCAAGAAAGGGAAACGGAAGAACAAGAAGACCAAGGCUUCGGAGAUGUCAAACCAACGAUCUUUCAGAGCAAAUCUCGUCCGAACUGGUCCUAUCGAACAGCAAGCAUCGGACGGCAAAACCAUCGAGGUCCACAUCGACAUGACGAAACGCACAAUCGCACUGUGUCACGAGACAGAUUCGGAAAACGUUUUUGAAGCGCCUCUUUCCAGAGUACGACAGAUCCUGAAGGCAGAAACACCGAGCAAUAAGGUCAGAUUAGUCCUAUCAAAGACAUCUGAACUCGACAAUCGAAUUGAUAUAGAAUUUAUGUCUUCCACUGUGAAGGAGGAAUUCUGCUGUUUGUUGGGUGAGGUCGACGUUCGUGACAAGUCAAGCGAAUGGAUGGACAAAGCAUUUAACAAGGCCCAAAGAGAAAUUAAGCAAUCUACAAAUGGUCUAAAACGGCCAUCAUCGGAAGGCAGUCCUGAGCAAGUGCCGGACAAACAGCGUGAGGCCACCAAGCGGGUUAAGCUCACGGACAACCUGCGAGAUGAAAACGGGGUUGCCGCUGGAAGACAGCCGUCGCCGCCGGAUGCCGCCUCUCGGGAAUGUGCAAACCCCUCCCUUACUGCACCGAAGCCCAACAAGACACCCCCAUCUCAGCCUAAAACGAGCCCAAGCCGUGUGUCGAAGAGCGCCACGGACCCCGGGGUGGAAAUUCCCGUGAAGAAGUCUGCGUCCAGCAUCACCACAAGAGCCAUGUCGCGUCUUCCUUCCGCCGCGACUACUGUAGUGUGUGACGAUAGCGAUGAUGAAAAUACGCAGCAACCUUUACCAGCCGUAAACACUGAAAAGUGGCAUAAGCCCCUUGUUUAUCCGCUGGUCGGGAAGAAGAAGGCCGAGGUGGAUGUUUACGACCUUGAGCGACUGCGCGAAAAUGAAUUCUUGAAUGACAACCUUAUCGGGUUUUACAUUCGAUUCUUGCAAGACCAUCUGGAGCGCACCAAUAGUGAGGCGGCGAAGAGAGUAUAUUUUUUCAACUCCUUCUUUCACGAUACACUCAUGAACGUCCCCCGAGGCAAGCGGGGCAUUAAUUAUGAAGGCGUGCAGAAGUGGACGAGAACCGUCGACAUAUUCAGUCACGAUUAUGUCGUGGUCCCCAUCAACGAAAGCGCGCACUGCCUGCAGGGGAUUGUUCAGGAAGGGCUUGAUCCCAACAAGCCUACGCAAGGCGAGAAAGAGCCUUCGGGCCCACCAGACAGUCAGGUUCAGGAGAUCCCUGAAACUCCAGAGCCGGAGGUAACCACCAACAAGGGCAAGGAACACAAGCAUUCCAACGGCUCAGACUCUACGAGAGCAGAGUUAGCUAGGCAAUCUCUCGAAACGAUGAGGAUAGCUGACAGGACUGGAGAAGACAAGCCUGCAGAAAGUCCUGCUGCAGACCAAGAGUGGCCUGAGCUUGAUGGUAGCCCAGAAGGGCCUUUUAAAACGCUUUCUAGUCUUACGGAGAAAGCAACGACGCCCGAACAACUUGAUACGAAGGAAGCUCCUCAAUUGCCCGAACCAUCAGCGAAGCCUCGCAAACAAAAGGCGAAGCGAGCGGGCCCCAGAUACGAUGUCUGCCAGCCGAUCAUCAUUACUUUUGACUCGCUGAAUGUGCCCCGUUCGCCAACAAUAAGCUCCCUACGUGAAUAUUUGUACGAAGAAGCAAAAUCGAAGAAGGGAAUCGAAAUCGACAAAGGCCUGAUCAAGGGUAUGAGGGCUCGGGAAAUACCUCUGCAGCCCAAUUAUUCCGACUGCGGUCUGUACCUUCUGGCGUACCUGGAGAAGUUUGUUCAAGAUCCGGAUGUAUUUGUCAGGAAGCUUCUCCGGAAGGAGAUGGAUCCAAAAAGCGACUGGCCUCCGCUCAAAUCUGGUCUUCUCCGAAGGCGACUCCGCAAAUUCCUUGACAUGCUUUAUGACGAGCAGGAGCAGCUGAAAAGCCAUAAGAUCAGUGACACAGACACCAUGGUGAAUAAGAAGCCGGUAUGCUACCUGCUCGGCAAUCCCGUGCUGGAAGAUGCGGAGAGCGAAAGCAAACGUUCACCCCGGCAUGGGAAAGCGUCACCCAAUAACUCAGAGGACCAUGCUCCAGCUGUGAGUUCUGAACGACAUUCGAAGGCUGCAGUGGAGACCGGCUCGGAUCAGGAGAGAUCUCAAAAGACGAGCAGAUCACCGGUAGUGGACGCGAAACAGUCACGGCAUCACGAAGCACUUGCUGAGCAAGAUGUUGUCCUAGUUCCAGACAGUCAGCCGGAGGCAGCGUCGUCUAAGGUAAAUUCCAAGCCCGCAAAGACUCGACGACAGAGCCCGGAGUCGGAGACACAUCCGCGCACCGUUGUCGACGUCAAGAAAAAUGCUCGGGAAGGCAAUGAGCCUGACGACGCCGUGAGUGCCGUAGCGGUCGAGACGCAAGUACGAGGGACGCCCACCAGGUAG